GCUAAUUUUUUUAUUUUGAAUAAGUUGUUUAAAACGUGCGCCCGUUAUCGCAUUUUGGUAUCUAUACCGCGCAUUAUUAUCGGCUGCAUUAAUAUCGUUUAUUACCGGCCGGCAGGCUGAAACGCAAGAACUACAAACGAAAUUCCACACUACACUUAAGCCUCUUCUAGUGUAUUCCAGGUGAAAUCCACGUAAAUUUCAGUCGCUGGAAUUGCGUGCGAUAGCUGCGGCUGCAUAUCGAUAGGGCGAAGGAAAUUGUAAAACAGCGAAAACCCGACUCCAUCGGCGUAGCGUGCUCGUAAGAAAAGUGAAGAAAAUAAAGCGGCUGGGAAAAUUAAUAAUUUUCCCUGCAUUUUAGGAAAUUAAUUUAUUAGCAAAUAUUUGCGCAACGACGAGACAAUACUAGCUGCAGUUUUUAUUAGCGUACUUAAACCAUUCGAAGGCGAAGACGCUCAGUGAAAGACGCAAUCGAAAAGAAGCAAAAUUUACGUGCGUGUGCGUGUGUGUGUGAGUAUUAGUAGGGACGCCACUGCAGAGCCGAGAGCGCGCGCAUUUAGCGAAGAAAACACGAACAGCAACAGCAAAACAGCCAUGGAAGAGGUUGCGGUGAAGAAGCGCGGCAGGCCUCCAAAGAAUCCUGCUGCAGCCGGUAGCCAGCAAAGUGCAAGUCCGAGUGUGGUGGACGCCGCCGCCACGAUUCCGAAGAAGCGUGGUCGACCGCCAAAGAGUGCUAAGGUCCAGGUACAGCGCGGCAGACCAGCUAAGAAGCCGGUCAAUCUGAGCGACAGCGAGGGUGAGGGUGAUAGCGAUGACGAUUCCAAUGAGAAUGUGGCAAAGACUGUGGCAUCUCCCCAACUCAUACCCAAGGGACGCGGUCGCCCGCGUAUCAACAACUACGAUGCUGAGGUCCCAGCUAAAUCAAAGGCCUCAUCGCCCAAGCGCCGCAAGCUGGGCCGUCCCAAGAAGUAUCAGCCAAGUGAGAGCGAAGAUGAGAAGAGCGACGAUGAUGAUGAAGAGAUUCGUCGCCGGGCGGGACGUCCCCCGACUGGGUCCGUCAAUCUGAAUAUUGUACGCACCGGACGUGGCCAGGGCAGACCUAAAACUCAUGUGGAGAAACGCCCGGCAGCCGAAUGGACCGGAGAUGGACUUUCGCCCAAGAAACGCGGCCGUCCGUCAUCGAACAAGCCAGCUUAUGUGCCAACUGGCCGUCCACGCGGCCGACCAAAAGUCAGCAAGCCUGUUGAGGAAGAAGACGAUGACGACGAGGACGGAGAUGAGGACUCCGUGGAGGAGCAGCCUGAGAAGGCAGCAGCCGUUGCUUCUCCUCCUGCAGUCAAGAAGCGUGGACGUCCUCCUGGACCAAACAAGUCGUUGAAUGAGGGAGCUCCCAAGCCGCGCGGACGUCCGCCAAAAGCUAAUCACAGCGCCUUAAACCACGAUCAUGACGGAGACGAAUCCACUGAUGAUGCUGCUAGCAAGAAGCCAGCCGAUCGCGACCGCGGCUUUAAUGACGCCUACGAGGAUGCCGCCUCUUCGAAGGAGGACUCCAAGUCGACAUGCGACGGCGAGGCCGCCAAUGAUACCGCCGAAUCCAUUGAAUGUGUCUCCGAUGCCGCAGGGCCCGAGUCGGCCACUGCCUAAGCACCCCUCGACACCUACAUAUAUUAAUCUUAGGAAUACAACAAAAAUAAGCAAAAAUCCUCUUCGGCACCACAGACCACAGUGCAGGAAAUGCAGCUCCAACUUUCCCCCCCAAGACUAUUCAGGACAAGACCCUCUAUAGAUACAUACACUACAUAUAUAGGGCUAAGAUAUUUUGAAAUAACAAAUGUUUGUCCGUAUAGUUGUUUUGCAUAUUCCGUUUGCUUUCAUUGAAGCCUUUCAAUCAUCGUUUAAAAACACAAAUGCACAAUACAAUACACACAUUUGUAUUCACAAACAUCCUAUUUCUAAGAGAACGGAGAUGAGAAGAAAAAAUUGUAUUUCCUUUUUAAUUCACUAAGAAAUUAUCAAAUUGAAUUGACUCAAUGGUUUAAAAAUUAAAAUACACAACACAUGUAUAUGUA